GCCGUACACCGCAGAAGAAUAUACCAAUCGCCAGUACGCACUAACCGUAAACAGUUUAAAUCGAAUUUUAAUAAGUUUCUUUUUAGUUUUGGUUAGUUUUUUUCGUAGAAAAUAGAACCAUUAGAAAAAUGAUAAAACUAUUCUUGAACUUAAGCGGAACUUAAUAUGUAAAUCUCGAUUUUAGCAAGUGGGCAUUAAAGUGUAAUAUUCGAAUUGAUGGCGAUUGAUUUGAGUAAAUUACUGAAUAAUUAAGUGUAGGUUAACUUGUAAGGUAAUUGGCAGAACUGUUAACAAACUUGAAGGUGUAAAUUGUUAUUUUCGUUUGCCGAAAAAUGAUUUUAAAAUGGCUCACCUUUUUCACCAUUUUAAUACUAACUGUGAUAAACUACUGUACCUGUGCAAACAUAUUGAUGAUCACAAUGGGUGGUACCAAGUCUCACAAGAUUCCUUUUUGGGAACUAGCUAGAGGACUAAUACCUAGGGGACAUAACGUCACAUUCUUAAAUGCUUUUCCUAGGGAUUUUUAUAUAGAAGGCUUAGAAGAAAUUACCCCUACAAGUUAUGUAGUGUACAUAAGAAACUUUACAAAUUGGGAUCUAGUAGGAGCUAAAAUAAAAGGAGAAGAACCAAUACCAUUGCUUGACAUGAUUAAAUUUGGGUAUGAGGCCUGUGAAGUAUUUCUUUCAGACCCAGAGACCAAGGAGUUCCUUCAUUCAGGAUUAAAGUUUGAUUUGCUUAUUCUAGACGGUGCCUACCCAGAAUGUGCAAUGGGGUUUGUUCAUUUUUUUAACGCCCCUUUUAUAUAUAUUAAUACAGUAGGAAUGUAUACUGGGUCCUUGUCCAUUGCUGGGAAUCCUACUCCAUAUUCUGUGAUUCCCUUUUUGUCAAAACCUUUUACCGAAAAUAUGGGGUUUUUAAAAAGAGUUGAAAACUUUGGUUUUUAUAUACUAGCUAAUCUAAUGCACACGGUAAUGACUAGAGGUAAACUUCAAGGUAUCGUUAGAAGGCAUUUUGGAUCUGACAUGCCUGGUAUCUAUGAGUUAUCAAAAAAUGUAAGCUUUAUUUUACAAAAUGGACAUCCAGUAUUAACUUAUUCCAGACCAUUGUUACCUAAUGUUGCCGAAAUUGCCUGCUUGCAUUGUAAACCGGCCAGAAAGUUACCUCAGCAUUUAGAAAACUUUAUAGAUGAUUCAGGAGAUGCUGGUUUUAUUUACUUUAGUAUGGGUUCUUCAGUAAAAGCCAGCAAUAUGCCAGAAUAUUUUAGAGCACUUCUGAUGAUUGUAUUUAGAAAUUUACCACAAAGGGUUCUCUGGAAGUAUGAGGAUGAUGAUAUACAUGAUUUGCCUAGUAACGUUAUGUUGGGCAAAUGGUUACCUCAGCAAGAUAUCUUAGGUCAUCCAAAACUGAAAGCCUUUGUGACUCAUGGGGGACUUUUAAGUAUGUUUGAAACAGUGUAUCACGGUGUGCCAGUUGUAUCUCUCCCUGUUUUUUGUGACCAUGAAUCCAACGCUGCUAAAGCUGAAGUAGACGGAUAUGCAAUUAAGCUGGAUUUAUACACUAUUACUCCUGAAAUACUUCUGCGAGCAAUUAAGGCAAUUAUUAUAGAUCCCAGAUAUAAGAACCAAGUAAAACAUCGUCAAACACUACUCCUUGAUCAGAAAGAAACCUCUUUACAAAAGGCAGUCUAUUGGACCGAAUACGUUCUACGUCAUAAGGGUGCUACUCAUCUACAAUCGCCUAGUAGACACAUGGGAGUUAUUGAGUAUCAUUCCAUAGAUGUUAUAGUUUUCCUAAUAUUAGUCGUAUUGAUAUCCUAUUAUUGUAUAAAGAAAGUUUUAAGGAUUCUUAGGAUAUUGCCUAAAAAAGAUGUCGGGAUACAUUUGCCUCGAAAGAGUAUUAAAGUAGAGUAAUACAUA